AUGUAUCGACUGCUUAUUUUUCUUCUGUCUAUUUUAUUUAUCAAUAAAGCACAUGUGCAUGCAAUUUCGACACAUGAAAUUUUGGUAGAUAAAAGAAUUGAAUUUAGAAACAAUGCAAAACUGGUUAUUAAUGAAUCAUAUUUAGUGGACAAAAAUGAUAAAUUGUUGGGUAAUUCAUUGAGAACAUACAAAUAUUAUUUGGUAAAAGGCACAACUGAAUUUAGGGCUAUUUUCAUUUUUGACGAUUUAAAUAUGUAUAAAGCCACAGAAUUAGGAAUAAAUAAAGAGCAACAUGAGGUGGAUAUCUUAAACAUAGAAAACAACAUGAAUAAUAUCUACCCCCUGGAUGAAAUGAGCACAUUUAAUGAAGUCCUAUACAGAGAAAAGAAAAUGUUCACAUUAGAAACUGAGUAUUCAACCACUACUUAUGUGUUAGCUAAAUUUGUCUUUAAUGUAAAUGUGGAAGAAGAAAAUGAAGAGGACAUUAUGUCUCUUUUGAUUGAAGUUGAACUGAAUAUGAAAAAAAAAAAAUUGGACAUAGUUAAGGAAGAGGGCGAUGAUAAUGAUGCACAUCAUGUGGAUAAUAACAGUUAUACAGAUAGGCAGAUGAACCAUUCCAAUACAGUAGAACUAUACAAAAAGAAACAGCCACAAGUUUUUACACAAUUUAUUGGACUGUUAGUAAGUAUAGCAUCUAUAGUUACAUCCAUCUCGGGUGCCAUUUCAGCUGUUGCACCAGUUUUUUCAGGCGCCUCCAGUCCAUCUCCCCCCGAAUUUUUAGGAAAUGAAGCCUCGAGUUUGCCUACGUACAAAGAGAGAAUGGUUGAGAAAAGUGAAACCUACAAUCAAAUGAAAAAUAAAAAAACUGAAAACAGGAAGCACUAUUUUGACGACUACUAUGGUGACGAAUAUUAUGAUGACGAGUAUUACGAUGACGAAUAUUAUGAUGACGAAUAUUACGAUGGUGAAUAUUACGAUGGCGAAUAUUACGAUGGCGAAUAUUACGAUGGCGAAUAUUACGAUGGAGAGAAUUAUAACGAGGGCUAUUACGAUCGUGGGUACUAA